UUUUUUGUACUCCGGUUUCUGAAGUUCCAAGGGACGGGUCGGUGCCACUCUGGCCUUAUAAAGAGGAUGGCCUCUAUGGAAACCACUGAGUGAGAGGCAACCUUGUCCCGGUUGUCCCAUUAACCAUAGAGAAAAGUCAGGAGCAGAGCGGCGCUUAGAGGAGGUUCUGUUUUAUCAUUUAGGAGAAAUGCCACUGGGAGUACUUUGACACCUGAACCUUUCCUCAUCCUACCCACAACAAUGCCCUUUUCUGACUUUAUCUUGGCUCUCAAGGACAAUCCAUAUUUUGGAGCUGGCUUUGGCCUGGUUGGUGUAGGUACCGCAUUGGCCUUGGCCCGUAAAGGGAGCCAGUUUGGCCUGAUGGCUUUCAGGCGUCAUUGCAUGAUCACUCUGGAAAUCCCAAGCAAGGACAAGAGCUACUACUGGCUGCUGAAUUGGAUCUCUCAGCAUGCUAAGCACACCCAGCACCUCAGUGUGGAGACAUCUUAUCUGCAACAUGAGAGUGGCCGUGUCAGUACCAAGUUUGAUUUUAUCCCCAGCCCUGGGAACCACUUCAUUUGGUAUCAAAGGAAGUGGAUUCGUGUCGAACGCAAUCGAGAGAAACAAAUGAUUGACCUGCAUACAGGCACCCCCUGGGAGUCUGUCACCUUAACAGCAAUUGGUAAAAAGCGAGAACUUUUCUUCAACAUCCUUCAAGAAGCUAAGGAAUUGGCUCUGAAGCAGCAAGAGGGAAGGACAGUCAUGUACACAGCCAUGGGUGCUGAAUGGCGCCCAUUUGGUUUCCCACGGCGUCGGCGCCCAAUUGCCUCUGUAGUGCUUGAGGAAGGGGUGUCUGAGAAGAUUGUCCAGGAUGUGAAAGAGUUCAUCAAUAACCCCAAGUGGUACAUUGAUCGAGGAAUCCCCUAUCGGAGAGGAUACUUGCUAUAUGGACCCCCAGGCUGUGGAAAGAGUAGUUUUAUCACAGCUCUUGCUGGAGAGUUGCAGUACAGUAUCUGUCUCUUGAGCUUGAGUGACCGGAGUAUCUCAGAUGAUCGUCUCAACCACCUGCUGAGUGUAGCCCCUCAGCAAAGCAUCAUCCUCCUGGAAGAUGUGGAUGCUGCCUUUGUGAGUCGAGACCUUGCUGCUGAAAACCCCACUGCAUACCAAGGCAUGGGACGCUUGACUUUCAGCGGCCUUCUCAACGCGCUGGAUGGUGUCGCUUCCUCUGAAGCCAGGAUAGUGUUUAUGACAACCAACCAUGUAGACAGGCUAGAUCCAGCCUUGGUUCGCCCUGGCCGAAUAGACCUAAAGCAGUAUGUAGGAUACUGUUCACAGUGGCAGCUUGAACGCAUGUUCCAGAGGUUCUAUCCAGACCAACCGGCUGCUCUGGCUGAGGAGUUUGCUACAUGCGCCCUGUCAGUCUCUGAUCGGAUCAGUGCAGCACAAGUACAAGGACAUUUCAUGUUGUACAAGGAAGAUUCAGCUGGAGCCAUUCAGAACAUGAAGACCUUUGUAUCCUGAUGCAGAAAAAGAAAAUUCUGUGAAACAUUUGCCUUUGGUGUUCCCACGGGAAGGGCUGCUGGAUGGUUCACAUGGGGCAUGCUAACUGUGAGGGUGAAGAUGUCUAUAUCUACCUCAGUAUGAUCACCUUUUUGUAAAGGAAAAAAAGAUAAAUCAAUUAAGCUCCUACCA